GUCAUCAUCCACAAAAAAAGCAGAACCAGCUAAGAUGGACGUGUGUCUUAUGAAUAAAAAUUGAAAUAAACGGGGUUCUGGUAAAUGGUAAAUAAACCGGCAAAAUGUAUAAUGGUAUUGGUUUGACGACGCCACGAGGCUCCGGUACCAAUGGAUAUGUGCAAAGAAACUGGGCGGGAGUGCGAAAAACCAAAGAUUCAGUGAAUUAUCGCACUGAGGAAGAAAUAGCCAAGUUGGAUUCUGCGUCAAACAAACAGCCGAACCGGGAGAUUCUAGACCAUGAGAGGAAGAGGAAGAUUGAAGUGAAAUGUGCAGAACUAGAGGAUAGUUUGGAAGAACAGGGGUUGCCGAAGGAGGAGAUCGCGGCGCGAGUGGCUGCCUUCAGAGCGAAGAUCUCCACCACCAACACUGGAGAGAAGGAGGUGCCGAGAGACGAAUUCGGAAGAGUUGCGUGA